AUGACUACGUGGCGAGAGUGUGAGCGUCAGCUGCAGACGCGGCGUCAAGCGGCAGAAAAACAAAUGGCCAUGGAGAUUGCUGUGGGCAGGGAGCAGUUCAAAUACUUUGGCUCUUUCUGUGCACUGACCGGCGUGGGACUCUUGGCAGCUUCCAUUAAAAAAAAGAGACCGUCACUAUUAGCACCCAUGGUUCCUCUUGGUUUUUUAGUGGCCUACCAGUACGACGUCGCCUACGGGACGUUCCAGAUGCGCGUGUUAGGUGAGGCAGAGAACGUCAUCAUAUCUGAACACCACCGUCUUGGACAACCUUUUGGGCCUGUGACGUUUAGCAGCAUAGAGACGGCCCGUGGUGGUGGAGCGACCUCCUCAUAGAGGAGGUGAAGAAACUGUUGGUUGGCUGGGAGGAAACGGAUGUAUCCACAUUUAAUGUCAGCCUCACCAGCAGGUGGCAUGGUUUGUAUUUUAUAUAAAAAUGCACUAUUUUAAGGCUUACUACAUGUUAGCGCUGAUAUCAGGUCAACAAAAAUGAAAGUAUUGCUACUUUUUUUUUUUUUUAAGAGUUUUUUUCUGCGUUAUUUACUGAUAUCAUAUGAUGCACUUACAAACAGUACAUUGGAAAUGUUACUUUUUUAAUGUCUAAAAAACUUGAAUUAAGAUAGAUUGUGAGAAUUUAUUAAUUCCCUCCAGAAAAUGCUUUUUAUACCAAAGGAACUAUACACUACACAAUAUAAAAUGAAAAACAAGGGUAUAUUUUGUUUUUUGUUUAAAGAAAUCAUUUCAAAAAUCUACCAACAAAAAAAUUUUCUUUCUCAUCUAUAAAUGACAGCUUUUGUACUUUUUCAAAAAAAAAUGCUUCAAUUAUUUAUAUGAAAAAAUGAUUUAUUGAUCUUUUUAAUUAAACUAAUGCUGUUGCAUGAAGACAUUUAUAUCUUAAAAAAAAACUUUUCUCUAAGGAGAACAAACCACAGUAUUUGUUGUUUUUUAUUACUAAA